AAACUUCCCAUCUCUUUAUAAAAAUUAGAAAAUUGGAAACACAAAAAGACUUUCUUGCUGUAUCACCUACUUAUCGCUAGCUAGUGGUCUUCGUCUUUGCAAAUGCCACUGCACAGACACAGUUGUUAUUUCCUUUCACAGUUUCACGUAUCACCAAUUAACAGACUUCAGUACAAUAGAUCUUAAAUAAAUAUAUGUCCUUUUAUUAUUGUAUUCUCCAUUCCAUUUUCUCUCUCUCUCUCUCAUAAACAGAGUGUGGUAGGAGCUAAGAAUUACAGAUAUUUUUAGCUCCAGUUUAGCUCGUAAACAGUGGACUGAAUUGGUGUGAUUGACGUAUUCUCAGUUGAGUAGGGUCAUUUGGGAAGCAAUCUUUGUUAAGAAGCUUGGGAUUGAAGAUCUGGGUUUGCUUUGAUUGGAGAUGGGAAGUUCGGAGGAGAAGAUUGUGGCUGUGAUUAUGGUCGGUGGACCCACCAAAGGGACUCGGUUUCGGCCAUUGUCAUUGAAUGUCCCCAAGCCUCUUUUUCCUUUAGCCGGACAACCUAUGGUUCAUCACCCAAUAUCUGCUUGCAAAAGGAUUCCAAAUCUAGCACAAAUUUAUCUCGUUGGUUUCUAUGAGGAGCGAGAAUUUGCUUUGUAUGUUUCAUCAAUCUCUAAUGAGCUAAAAGUCCCCGUGAGAUAUUUGAGGGAGGACAAGCCGCAUGGUUCAGCUGGUGGGCUUUAUAACUUCAGAGAUCUAAUCAUGGAAGACAGUCCGUCUCAUAUCUUCUUGUUGAAUUGUGAUGUUUGCUGCAGUUUUCCACUACCAGAAAUGCUUGAGGCUCAUAGAAGAUAUGGUGGAAUGGGAACUAUUCUAGUAAUCAAGGUUUCAGCCGAGUCAGCCAACCAGUUUGGUGAAUUGGUGGCUGAUCUGAACACCAAUGAAUUGUUGCAUUACACGGAGAAACCUGAAACUUUUGUAAGUGACCUGAUAAAUUGUGGUGUCUAUGUGUUUACACCUGAUAUAUUUAAAGCCAUUCAGGGUGUUUCUUCUCAGCGAAAAGACAGAGCUCAUCUCAGACGUCUUUCCAGCUUUGAAGCCCUUCAAUCAGCCACAAGGAAUCUUACUACAGAUUUUAUGAGACUGGAUCAAGAUAUCCUGUCACCCCUUGCAGGGAAAAAGCAGCUAUAUACAUAUGAAACCAUGGAUUUCUGGGAACAAAUUAAAACUCCUGGAAUGUCCCUAAAAUGCUCUGCUCUGUAUCUCGCCCAAUUUCGAUACACCUCCCCACAUCUUUUAGCAAGUGGAGAUGGAUCGAGGAGUGCCACCAUCAUUGGUGAUGUUUAUAUUCACCCAUCAGCAAAAGUACAUCCAACUGCAAAGAUCGGUCCCAAUGUCUCAAUUUCUGCCAAUGCCCGCAUUGGACCAGGUGCACGGCUUAUCAAUUGUAUCAUUCUGGAUGAUGUUGAAGUCAUGGAAAAUGCAGUUGUUAUUCAUGCAAUUGUUGGAUGGAAGUCUUCCAUUGGGAGAUGGUCCCGGGUCCAGGCGGCUGGAGAUUUCAAUGCCAAACUUGGGGUUACAAUCCUUGGUGAAGCUGUGAGUGUUGAAGAUGAAGUUGUGGUAGUGAAUAGCAUUGUUCUCCCAAACAAAACGCUGAAUGUUAGCGUUCAGGAGGAAAUAAUCUUAUAGCGGACCUGAUUAUACAUCUCACAUCCAUUUUCAGUAUCUCUCACUGUAGUGCCAUCAUAUUGAUCUAUCUAGUUGUCUUGUAGAAAAUCCAAUAUUUAUAGAAGUUAUUUUGUUACACACAUUUGUAAAUCGGCAUCCACAUGUAAUAAAGAACUCUUCGUUGUGCUUGAAUUAAAUGAGAAGUUCCAGUCAAA